AUGCAUCUCGUCACACUCCUGGCCGCGAGCCUUGUCCUCCGACUACCUUAUGCCCUUGCCAUGCCUUCUCGCCGAGCUGUAAAGUGCGGUUAUGAAACAUAUCCUUUACCUGGCCAGACAUGCUCGACCUUUGCCAAAGAUUGGAGUAUGACUGUGGAUGAGCUCAAGUCGUUGAAUCCGGGUCUCAAGUGUCCUAAGCUUAAUCCAGUCGGUUAUUACUGUGUCGAUGGGACUGUCGACAAGGUUAAACCAACCGGUGUUGUUUCCAACACGACAGAGCCUACGUCUGCUCCUGUGCCACCACCCGAUAAAACGCCUGAUGCCCCUUCUGAUGCGAAGUCAACUGCAAAGCCUACUGUUCCCCAGAAACCCUCUCCUGCGGAUGAGUAUUCUGGAAGUGGCAUUCAAACCCCUCGCCCCAUCCAAGAAGGCAUGGUAGCAAACUGCAACAAAUUCCACUACGUUACCACCACGACCACUUGUCAAAGCGUUCUCGAUUACCACAAGAUAUCCCUUGCCGACUUUUUCAAGUGGAAUCCUGCCGUUGGAAAGGAUUGCACCAACUUGUGGAAGGGGACAAACGCAUGCGUCUGCGUCAAUGGCUAUACUUCAUCUCCAACGACAAACACCAAGCCCAACCCAGUAGGCAUUACCAGUGACAAUGGAUUCACGACGCCUUCACUAAUCCAGGCGGGCUUGGUUAAGAACUGUGUGAAGUUCCACUACAUCGGUGCCGGGACUACGUGCCACAGCGUUCUGCACCACUACAAGAUUACCAUGGCACAAUUUGCGCAGUGGAAUCCUGCAGUUGGCGAGGAUUGCACAAAUUUGUGGAAGGAUACCUAUGCUUGUGUUGCUGCGAUUUAA